UUGCACAGAUGAGCUGCUUUGCAGAGACUGGAGGGUUUUCUUGUUUGUCUGUUUUAUACCUAUAGCUGUUAAGUCAUCCGUUCUGUCGUUAACCCUCGGAUUUAUGUCGGUAGGUGGUUAGUUAGUUAGUGUAGUAUUAUCAAGCUCGUGCAUUUGUUUUUGAGUGGACAUCAAAAAAUAAAUUAUACAAAAUUCGUGGAAAAUACAUAAAAAACUGGAUCUUCUACUAUAUUAGAAUAAAACAUUAGAUAUGCUUAUUUAAGUCGUUGUUGUUAUACUUAUCCGUUCGCUAUGUUGUUGAAAGAAAACCAUGUCAGCUUAAGUGUUUUCACGUCUGUAACGGACUCAAGUGAUGAACCGAUUCGAGCUGCGGUUCCUCCGUCUGUGGAGCUCGGACUCACCAUUGUUUAUACCAUCCUAUAUUCGCUACUUUUUGUGUUUGUUUACUUGCAACUUUGGCUCAUUUUGCGUUAUGGACACAAGCGCUUCAGCUACCAGAGUGUCUUUCUUUUUCUCUGUUUGCUGUGGUCAGCGCUAAGGACUACAUUAUUUUCAUUCUACUUCAAGAACGUUGUCCAAGCAAACCAGUUGCAGCCUUUGCCUUACUGGCUGUUGUACUGUUUUCCAGUAUGCCUCCAAUUUUUCACUCUGUGUCUGCUAAAUCUUUAUUUUGCACAGGUAAUGUUUAAAGCCAAAGCAAAGUAUUCUCCAGAGCUCAACAAAUACAAGCUGCCCAUGCGUCUGGCGUUCAUCUUUGCCAGCCUUUUCUUCCUCGUAGUAAACCUGACAUGCGCCAUGCUGGUGCAGGGGGGCAUAGGGGGUGGCAUGGGGGGCGAGGCGGGUGAGGCAGAGGUGCGGCAGGUGGUGCUGGCCCGGGUGCUGGUCAACGACAGCCUCUUCGUACUCUGCGCCAUCUCGCUGGCUCUGUGCAUUUUCAAGAUUGCCAAGAUGUCCUCGUCCAACGUCUACCUCGAAUCCAAGGGUACGUCAGUGUGCCAAGCUACUGUCAUAGGUGCUGCAGUCAUCCUGCUCUACACGUCCAGGGCCAGCUAUAACCUGGUGGUGGUGGCUCUCUCUCCAGAGAACCGUCCCAGCGCCUUUAACUACAGCUGGUACAACGUCUCUGAUCAGGCAGACAUAGAGAAGAUCAGUGGAGAGGCCUACAUCAUCUUUGGGAUCAUCCUCUUUUUCUGGGAGCUGCUACCCACCAGUCUGGUCGUGGUCUACUUCAGGGUACAGAGGCCCAAUCAGAACCUAGCACCAGGAGGAAUGAUCAACAGUCACAGCUUCAGUUCCAAGGCCUAUUUUUUUGAUAACCCCCGGAGGUACGACAGCGAUGAUGACCUGUCCAGGAGCAACAACUCCAGAGCAGAUCGACCGAAUAGUUUCCUGUCCUCGACGCCCCAGUUGGACCCCAGCUGGUACAGCUCCACCCAGAGGAACGGCAGCCUUACAGGGAUCCCCCAUCUCCCCACCGGCUCCCAGACCUCCACUGCACCCCUUAUCCUAGCCUACGGCAACAUCCAGGCCAAUCAGCACCAUAACUACUAUUCCACCCCCCAGAACUACUAUUCUACCCCCAGAAUCACUACUGCACCCCCAGAACUAACCACCCCCGCCGUCCCCAGUAGAUACCCCUGAAAGUAAUCCAGAAAACACUCAGGAAAGGGGCGCUCCUGACCUUCAGCUACAUGGCUACGACCCUCUGGGUUACCCUGGCGAUCCUGUGACUGGCGGUGUGUGGCCACGCCUCCCUCAUUCCAGCUUUCGACCCGGUCCCACCCCACCAGGGCUACUUAACUACCCGUCUUGUUGUAGGCAUGGUGACGACCAUUGGGAUUUCUAGGGCCAGACGAGGGGAGAUCAUUUGAGGUCAGUGGUGGUUAGGGAAUGGUCAGCUGAGUGAUAUUCUGUUUAUUAAAAAAGCUUUCCAACAUGUCUAUUACCACAGUCCUGAAACAGAGGUCUGCUAACCAACCCGAGCCCAACGGCCCCCGACAUUAUACAUCGGGUUAGGGCCAGGUAGGGUCUAUUUUUUUUCAUCAAUAACUAGAGAACGGGCAGGGCUCGGGUAUCACUAGAUUGAUCACUAACAUUUUGAAGCUGAACCAUGUGUGUUCUCUGCUGUGCAGUACAGUCAUAUUUAACUAAGUUCUUCAACCACAUUACAUAUAAAACAGGAGAGAUUAUUUCACAGAAAAUAAUAAUGUUCCUUGAGUUUUUUAGGAGUUUAGAGUGAUGAAAAGUAGCCCAAGCAGAGCCAUUGCUAUGGAUACUCAGACUCAGAGCCACCAUGAGCUGAGCAGAUGCAGAGCGAGUGACAGACGUAGGAGCAGCUAAUGGAUUUACAAACUGAGGAAGUUAUUUCUGAUUUUGGGUUUUUGGCAGGGCAUUAAAUUUGGCAGAAGCAAUUGGGCCUGGGUAGUGUAGGGCCUGAACGUUGUGGGCAUGGGUAGGGCUCGGGCUUUACACUCUUGUCCGUGCAGGGCUCUUCCUGGAACAUUGUACUAUUCCUAAGAAGUGUUUGUAAGGAAAGGAUUGUGCUUCUCAGCUUUUCCACACACACGCACUCUGUUUGUCGGACAUCAAACAGAAAAGUUAGUCCUCUAUCUCUUUCAAGGACCAGACAAGUACAUGGACUUUCACUCCAAAUGUCCUAUUUUGCUUUGGUCCAGUGGGAAGUUCUCCCCGCUACCCCCUGCACACAGACUCCCCUCCAUGAGUCUGGAGGUGACAUUUGCACUUGAAAAAAUCCCCUCACUUCACAUUCUGAGGACAAGACUCUGGCUUUAAUGUAAACUUGGUCUUUAUACAAUCUCAGACUUUGUGUUCCUUCCCUGGACCAUGUCUCAUUUCCCUGUAAAGACCAGUUGUUAUCUGAGCAAUGUCCUUCUAAACCAGCACCAAAUGGGGCUAGAAUCAUGGGCAAUGCUCUCAGUAUUUGAGCCCAAUGUGCACUGGGACACUGUGGGAAGGGUUAAUACUUUGUGUGUUUGAAUUUUUCACACUGUCAAAGACUGUGUGGAAGAGGAAGGCCACUUUUGCCAAAGAGGGCACAGAUCGAGAGUUGGGUGUAAAAUGUAGUCUCGAGCCUCCAGCUUUCCUAGCUCCUUGGGAACUCCGUUUCGACGAGAGGCCCAUAAUGGAGCAUAGACUGUGGGGAAACAAUAUGUUUCUGAAUGAAUUUUCUGAUCUGGACCCAGUAAAGUGAACGUACGGACUAAGUGUGGAUCGGCGGAGUGAUCAGAUCAAAAUGUUUGUGGUCCAGUUUUAUAGUACAGUAGGCUACUCCUGGCAAAGCACUAGCAAGGUCCCAGCUCAGUUUGUGUUUUCUUUACAACUCUAAUGGUCAUUGUCACCAGACAGCACAAAAAUAUCUGGGACCAGGUUAACCGGUGACAGAUGGGCUUAAAGACGCCCUCCCUCUCUAUAUCUUGACUAUAAUAGUAGCUGUAUCCAUGUGGUAGUUUACAGCAUCACGAUCACCAUCAUUAGCCUGGACCCAGAUCUGUUUGUUUUGUCUUGCCAGCACCUCUGGUCAUAGUCACCCCAUUGGCCAUAAGAGUUGGGAAAAAUAGCAGACAGAUCUGAGACCAGGCUACACCACCAUACAAGGAUACCUGAAAAUGUGCCAUUACAUGUUAUUGUUAGUUUUUUUUCCUUAUGGAAAACAUCUUGCACAAAAUGCUGUAUAUAUCAAAAAUUAUUAAUAAGCUUUAUGACCACCUACUUUUUUCAUUUUUAACUGGAUUCUGUGUUUGUUUUUUAUACUCCAUGGCUACUAGUUUGGACUUUUCCAUGUCGAGAUAGUGGUACGGCCCAGGUAAACAGGGCGAGUAUGUGCGUGAAUGUGUUUGCUAAACAUGCUUAUAUGCACAGAAAGUGUUUAGGUAGGAGGUAAGAAAACUGUUGAUUGUCUUUCCUUUCCUGUUACGAUGAGCGAAGGGGGGGAACCCAAGAGCGGACUCGGAAGAGGAAGCCGGGAUCAAUAAACCUUUUUGUGCAUUCAUCAGAGAAUUGGGGAGUGCAGAACCAGGGUAGCUCAGAUGAGUUGCAAAAACCAGGAGUGUAGAGUGAGGUUGGAGUUGUUUGAGUAGAACAUGGGAACGGGUCCUGAGGGGAAUCCAAGGUAAUAGUGGUGAGUGAUAUCCAGAGCAACGUGGUUGGUGGUGAGAUGUGGAACAGGAGACAGAGCGGUAACUGCAAGAGGAGGACAAAAAAAAAUUGUGUACGGGAGGAAAACGAGCAAAGCAAAGUAACAGGAUCUUGAGAAUAGACAAAAGGCUAGCGUGAUAACGGACUGAGCAGAGAUUACGAUCUGGCCGAGUGGAGGUGGCAGGGAUGAGUAUAUGUAGAGAUCUUGAUUAUUGGAUGAUUUGCAGCUGGUAGGGAUCAGCUCUGACCCCAGCACACCUGUUUCCAACCACACAAUCACACCAAGGGAGAGUGUAUACAGGGGGAGAACUGAAGGUUAGGAAGACACCGGAUGAACACCAGAGGGUGUAGUGGGCACAGAUGUGACACUUUCCUUUGUUUGUUACUGUUGAACAGUAAAAAUUAAAAAAAAACCUGUUCAGAGAGGGCAAGAGGAAUUGCUCUCUACACAUUUGAUAUGCCUUCUAAUCAUAUUUAAUUUUUUGUUUGGUUUUAUUUUGCCAUUCUUUUCUUGUUUCCUUUCUUCCAUGAAUGUCUGAGAUCAAGUGUUGUCGUUGUUGACGUUAUACGAGUUAUGUCAAUUAAUAUCUGCUGACGAAUGCAAUCAUAUUUUAAGUAUAUUAUUUUUUUAAAUGUUUUUAUUUGCCCCCUUUUCUCCCCAAUUUCGCUCCAACUCCAACCGAGGUCAGCUUGCAGGCUCCCAGCCCACCACAAGGAGCUAGGACGAUGAGCCAAGUAAAGCCCCCCCAGCCAAACCCUCCCCUAACCCAGACGAUGCUGCGCCAAUUGUGCGCCUCCCUGUGGGACUCUUGAUCACGGCCGGUUGUGACACAGCCCGGGAUCGAACCUGGGUCUGUAGUGACACCUCAAGCACUGCGAUGCAGUGCCUUAGACCGCUGUGCCACUCGGGAGGCUUUUUAUGUAUAUUCUAUGCUAUUUUCUCCCAACAUCUCUGUGUUUGGGACUGUCAUUGCAUCAUAUGGCUGAUGUCACCUUUUGACCUUUGGUGCUGUGGUGGUCAUACAGGAAAUGUCCAGUUCGACAGGAAGUGAAAACAUAUAACCCACAGAGAAUGAUAGAGGCCUCUAGUGGCCAAAAGGCUGUUUUAGCAUGGGCACCGCCAUUGAGGGCUUCCCCCAUUUUUAAUGUAGGCAAUUGGGUGGGACUUCCAUCUUCAUUAGCUGAUCCUUCCUGAUGACCCGGUUGGAGUCAUUUCCAACUGGGUCAUUAGGAGGGAUUAGCCAAUUGAAAAUGUACUAUUUUAAAAGAUAGCCUUAAUGGAGCUGCUGUCUAUUACCCUAGAAUGGCACAGAUACACAUAUGAGUCCUCUAUUUAUCUCAAUAGUAUACCCGCAGGUUGAACUUCCUCUCACCCUCCCAGGGCCAUAAGCCAAUUCCGGCCAGCCAGGGGAACUGCUUUAAAGAUUUUUAUUGUAUUUUAUUCCCCCUUUUCCUUAAAAAAAAUAAUUUUAGAGGUGGAUUCUGCAGGGUAAUGGAUUUGGGUGUAGGAACAAACAGAUGGUUGUCUUUCCUUUAAUUUGCUUUGGAGUCUCAAACUAAGUUGCAUACGUGUGUGAUGGUUGCAGCAAAUCUCUGUCAGUAAGCAAAAGCGAGCAGACCGCUAUAAUCAAUGGGAAAAUACUGGCAAAUGUUGAUAUUUUCACCCUUAUAUCCAAGAACAUACAUCUCUGGCAUGAUUGCAAAUUAUCCUUACUUAAAGAGAUAGUCCGAUGAAAUCGUGGAUAACAUUUUGUAUGUCUUUGCGUCCAGUGUGAAGGGAGUUAGAGGUAUUUUUGUGAGCCAAUACUAGCUAGCGUUAGUUCAAUAGACUAUUGCUAUAGCUCUAGUUAGCAAUUACGCUAUCGCUAGUCGGCAACUUCCUUCAAACUGAACACAGAGACACAAAAAUGGUAUGCAUGGGUUCAUCUGACUCUGGGGAACUAGAUAAAGGGCUUAUUUGCAAAAAUAUUCAACUAUCUGUUUAACAGCAACUUAUGUUCAAAUGUAUGAGUUGAAAGUAUUGUAUUUUUUUGCUGAUUUUGUUUCUGUGAAAUCUAUUGCUAUAUAAGCGCUUGUGUCUAGCAAAGAGCAGGUUUAGCCUUUUAUAAUAAUUAUAAUUUGUCUCAAAUUCUUUAUUGGUGGCCAAUGAAUGUAACAUGUUUACCCAUCUUUCAUAGAUCACUAAAGAUGUUUGCAAGCACUACCCUGUUAAAAUAAAUAUUUUCAUCUGAACACAGAAGGUAUAACAAAAGUCCUCUGCAGAACUAGAGGCUGCAUUCAAGGGCAUGAUAGAGCCCCAUUGUGGAGAUGUCAUAAUACCCCAAAAACCUAGCGGUCAAACAGGGAAAUGGUUCCAUUUGUUUUCCAUCCUUCAUUUUUCCCAUAGGGGAUUUUAGAAACACUUAAAAUAAGGGCUGUGUUUCAUGUAGGCUUACCCUGGCGUGAAGUUUUUAUAACCAUGUAAAUCUCUCAGACAAGGUGACUUUCAUCAAUAUAUUUGGCUCUAUUUACUGUGAUUUGAAUAUGCUAAUUAGUAUCAAAGUAGACAUCAUGAAAAACUACAAAUCCCUGCAAACUCCUGCUGCACAUCAUCUCUAGCGGACACCUUUGCUAACAGGUAUUGUGUCGAUUUAAAAUGUGCACAAGACAGUUUGCAGAAUUUUCAAUUUAAAGAAAUUUAGCCAAUUUAUUCAUUACUACAUUUAGCUAACAUUAGAUAGUGUCACGUCUACUCCCGCUAUAGAUAGUUCAUCCCUUAUAUUCUUACCUUUGCCUCGAUUUUGGCGGUCUCAUCCAGAUCAUCAUGGCAUUUGUAGUUUUUUUUUUAGGAUAGCCACAUUAGCAGCUAAUUAGUAUUUCUAUUUGGGGAGGUAAAUACAGACGAAUCUAUUGAUAAAAGUCACCUUGUCCUGAAGAGAUUUGCACAGUUAUCAACACAUAAUGCCAGGGUACGCCUAUAAGAAACACAGACUUCAUUUUAAGUGUUUCUAAAAUGGUGGAAAUUGAUUGGAACCAUUUCCCUGUUUGACCCCUAGGUUUUAUGGAUAUUAUGACUCACAUUGUGGUACUCUAUACAUAGCAAAAUAACAAAGAGGGGGCAUGUUUAUCAAAACAUGCAAUGGACACCGUUUUAAAUUGUUUUGCAACAGAAAAUUAACAUUUGCAUUUCUUAUUUGAUGUCCAGGUAGUGUCUCCCUGUUUCGUUGUGUUUUGAACACAGUCCAGUUCUCUGAAGGCUCAAGAACCCUCUGGUUAACAAUGUGACUGCAAUUGAUAAAUCAAACAUAAAUAUGAAUCGCCCACUUUCUUUGAUGGUGCAAACCAUAACCAGUGCGUUAAGAGUUGGUUUGCAUUCCUAAGUCCUGACCAACAUUAUCAGCUCACAGAGGUUUCUCUGGUCUGUGAACGACGAUGUCGAAAUUGGGUUUUGUAUCUUGGCCGAACCCUCGACUAUGAUUCAAUUAUACGUGUUUUAAAGCGGAUCAGGUUUGAGCUCCUGUGUGUUUUGACAAGACUGUUCAAUCCACUGUAUUCCCACUCAUCUCUGAUUUAAGAUGUAUGAUCAAGAUUUGGCUUCACAGAUUCGCAUCUAAUCAUGCAACUGAUGUUGAUUUCACAGUUGAUCCAUAAUCAACACCCUUCUGCCUUUACCAAUAUUCACAAGGAUGCUCAAGCAUGUGGUCAAAACUGUCCGUGUGAGGAGUUAUCAAAGCCAGUGUUUUGCCUCACUUGGAACAGAUAGGCAGUGAAAUCCAUUAUGAAAGUGUUUUUUUUUUUUUGGAUUAAAAAACAUGUUUGUGUACUGGUGAUGGCAUGUAAAGUGUAUAAUCCUUGAUGUGCUGGAGGAGGAUUGGAAAUGACAAUGAUAAAUGUGUAUCAUUUCAAAGGCUACUGACCUUGAUAGGGAAAAGAUAGCCGCACAUUCAUCUCUUCUUAAUUUUACUAACAUUUUGGCUAAAAAGCCUUCAUCAGAGUAUUUCACCCUGAUUUAAGAGACUUAUAUGAAACCGUGAAACUGAUCGCCACUCAGAGAUUAGCCUAAAGAUUGGAAGGUUGGGGGUUCAAUCCCCGGGUGAGUUAUAACCAAAGAAGACUCAACACCUCUUUGCUUGGCACUCAGCAUAUGGCCGUGCGAAAGACCAUCUUCUUGACCAUGGGGUGUACUUGUACAUUAAGCAGCCUCAUGCUACAGGAAUAGGAGAUUGGGCAAGCUAUUUACUCUUACAGCAAGAAGAGAUGAGUGUGCAAAUUUUUUAUUUUUUUGUAUAGUAUCUUUCGCUCGUGUGCACCUCACCGAAAGGAGGGUGUGUGUUCUUUAUGUUUUUACUUAACAGAUUGUGUACAGACCUAUAUUUAUUUCAGUCAUAGAAAAUAAUCUCUACAUCAAAUUACAUUCAGUUACCUUACAGCCAAUCUGCCAUUGAGAAAGAUUGGAUAAGCACCUCGAAAGGCCCUGAGUAUUGUACACAUUCUAUCAAUGAUUGGUCAACACGUUUUACAUGUGUAUACAAAAUAUUUCAUGUGAGUAACAUUCACCAUUCACCAAUAAAUUGAUUAUGAAAAGCUA